AUGCCUCCCCCAUUCCCCUCGUCCCAUCGGGGAAUGACCAAAAACCCCGUCAGGCCUAGUCGCUACCGCCCUGGAAAGGCAAUCGCAGAGGAGCACUCAUCCGAGGAAGAGGAGGAAGAAGAAGAUCACGAAGCUGAACGGGAGGCGCGACGAGAACAAGAGCGGCGCAGACGAGCCGAGGCACUGCGCCGAGCAAAAGCGCCUAAAGCGAGCUCAUUCCCAGCGUCUGCAGUAGCCAGUCAAAAGGUUGAAGAGGAGGACGACGAGGAAGGGUUCGUCACCGAAGACGAAGAAGAUGACAAGCCCGCCGCACCUGCGCCAAAAGCAGUACCGCAUCCUACGACUGACGAAUCAAAACCUACUGCAGCCGCCGCAGAAGACGCCGAAGAGGAAGAAGAGGAAUCAGAAGAAGAAGAAAACUCCGAAGAAGAGAGCAGUUCCGAAGACGAAGCGCCACGUCGCAUGCUCAUACGUCCAACCUUCAUUAAAAAAGACAAACGCAACGCCGCGUCCACAGCAUCCGGCCAAACAAACGCCCAAGCCGACGCAGAUCGCGCCGCCGAAGCGGGAAGCCCACUUGAGAAAGAAGCGAUAGCACGCUCCAGCGCGAAUCGCGCCUGGGAUGACGACGAGCUCAUCGAAGCCGAAGAUGAAGAAGCCAUCGACGACACAGACGGUCUAGACCCCGAAGCCGAGCGUGCAGCCUGGACACUCCGGGAACUUAAGCGCGUGCAACGAUCCCGGGAAGCCAUCGAAGCGAGCGAGAAAGAGCGCGAGGAGGUCGAGCGUCGGCGGAACCUUACAGCUGAAGAGCGGGAGCGAGAGGAUAGCGAGUUUAUUGCGAAGCAGAAGGAGGACCGCGAUGCUACGCGUGGGCAGACGGGCUUUAUGCAGCGGUAUUUCCACAAGGGUGCUUUCUUCCGAGGAGAUCUUGAAGCAGAGGGUCUUGAUCGCCGGGAGCUUAUGGGUGCGCGCUUUGAGGACGAUGUCAAUCGUGAUACGUUGCCGGAGUACAUGCAGGUGCGGGAUAUGACGAAGCUUGGAAAGAAGGGUCGGACGCGCUAUAGGGAUCUUAAGUCCGAGGAUACGGGGCGGUUUGGAGAUGGGUUGGACAAUAGGAGGAGGAGGGAUGGGCCGCCUCAGGGUGUUACGGAUGAGCGGUUUAUGCCUGAUCAUCAUCGCGGUGGUGAUGAUGGGGAUCGUGGACCGACUGGUGCUAAUGCCAGUGCUGUCAGACCUCGGCGCCGAUCGAGAUCUCGUUCGCCGAGGCGGGACAGGCGUGACGAUAGAGACUCAGGUCGGGCUGAGCGCAGUCGGUCUAGGGAGAGACGGAAGCGGAGCCCGUCGCCCUAUGACGAUAGGGAGAAACGUCGGCGGGUGGAUAGUUCGUGA